CUGACGUCACAGCUGCUUCCUGAUUCACCUGGGCAGGUCAACAACAGGUAGAAUACCGGAAUAACCUGUAGAAGAAGUGAUGUGUGUGUGAACAGAAUGAUCAGAGACACAGAGGACAGACAGCACUGAUGGGGGAUUAUAUGAAGACUCAGCUGGUGAGUGCAAUCCAGCUGCAGGAGGUGGAACUGCAGGACAACCAGCAGGACAGCAAGAAGAACAAUAAUGCAGCAGACAAGACGUUCACUGUGGAGGAAGCUGUGGAAACAAUCGGCUUCGGACGCUUUCAUGUCCUGCUGUUUGUCAUCAUGGGGAGCUCCAACAUCGUGGAGGCGAUGGAGAUCAUGCUGCUGGCCGUAGUUUCUCCAGAGAUCCGAUGUGAGUGGCAUCUAGACGACUGGCAGGUCGCUCUCGUUUCCACCAUGGUGUUCCUGGGUUUCAUGCUGUGUGGAGUUUUGGGAGGAUACAUCGCUGACAGAUACGGACGCUGGAAGGUGGUGUUUGGCGGCUUUGUGUGGAGCGCAUACUUCUCUCUGCUGACCUCGUUCGCUCCGUCGUACAGCUGGUUCAUCUUCCUGCGCAGCAUGGUGGGCUGCGGCGUCGCUGGGGUGUCACAGGGGUUUGUGUUGAAGACUGAGUUUAUUCCUGCAAAGUACCGAGCGUCUCUGCUGCCGCUCGCCUCUAUCUUCUGGAUGACAGGCUCCAUGUUGAUCAUCUUACUGGGGAUGUUGGUGGUUCCCAGUCUGGGCUGGAGGUGGAUGAUCCGGAUCUCCGUCACUCCCAGUAUCAUCCUCAUCUUCCUGUUCAAGUACAUCCCAGAGUCGGCUCGUUAUAAUGUCUCAGCAGGAAACGUCGGCGCCGCCGUUGAGACUCUGCAGCGAAUCGCUCAGAUGAACCGAGCGUCUCUUCCCCCGGGACGCCUCGUGGAGCCGGUGGUGAGGGAAAGAGGAAACUGGAGGAUUCUGCUGAACUCGUCUUUCAGGAGGACGUCUGUCCUGCUGUGGUACUCCUGGUUCGUGGCGUCCUUUGCAUACUACGGCUCGGUGCUGAGCAGCUCGGAGCUGCUGGAGAAGAACCUGUUGUGUAUGACGGAUGCCGACCAAGAGCAUCAGGUCAAACACCGCCAUGAGGACGGGCUGUGUUACUGCAUCCCCUUCCAGUUCAGCGACUACCAGACGCUGCUCAUCAGCAGCCUCGGCGAGGUUGCACUGGUCCCAUUAAACAUCUGUCUGCUGAACGUGGUUGGACGGAGGAUGAGUCUGACGGUGGUUCAGCUGCUCGCUGCCAUCGUCUUCAUGAUGAUCAACAUCUGCACCACCAUGUUUGGGUUCACGGUGUUGCUGUUCCUGCUCCGGUCUCUGGUCUCCAUGAACUUUAAUGUGGUUUAUAUUUACACUGCUGAGGUGUACCCCACGGUGGCGCGGUCUCUGGGGAUGGGCUUCUGUACGUCGUUCAGUCGCAUCGGAGGAAUGAUCGCUCCGUUUAUUGCUCAGGUGCUGAUGUCUCAGUCUGUGAUUCUGGCGCUCACUCCGUUCGCCGUGGCGUGUGUGAUCUGCUCUCUGGCAAACUUCCUGCUGCCGAUAGAAACUAAAGGCCGAGCUUUGCUGCAAACCUCCUGACGGCGUCUCCAAACAAACAAAGAAACAAACUGUUACUGCGAUUUUAUUCUUUGUUACAUCUGUGAUAUAAAAAUAUUAAAUAUGUUUGUGACAUCAA